AAUCGAGAGCGGGCGCUGAGUUGUCGAAGACCCCAAGAUACUACACCCCCGAUUCGUCAAGAGAGCCUGGACACACACCCUUUCUCACUCGCAUAUAAUAAAACCAGCUGACGCCCACUUUGCUGUAGCCGCCACAGCUCGGAGCAUUAUGUCGUCGCCUGCAGCGCCUCCGCCAGAUGCGGCUGCUGCAGCCGCAGCCGCUGCGGCUUUCCACCAGUUCACCGUCGAGGCUUUCACUCUGCUGGGUGUUGGGAUACUGGUCACCGUGCUGAGGACGGUGGCUCGUGUGAGGUUUGGGGGCUGGCGGAAUCUCAGCGGCGAUGACUACCUUGCCUGGCUGGCUGUCUUGUUGUACAUCGCCGAGACGUGCUUGGCGUAUAGCGUGGGAAACAAGGCGAAUGGACUUGCGAACAACAACAUGACGGACGAGCAGCGAGCGGCGCUGUCGCCUGAUGAUCCGGAGUACCACUUGAGAGUGCUGGGAUCCAAGAUUCAGAUUGCGGGAUGGUCGACGUAUUCGACGCUGCUCUGGACGCUCAAGACGUCGCUGUUGUGCUUCUAUAUCAGGCUGACGGAUGGAUUGGCCAGACAUUACCGUAUCCGAAUCUACAUAGGCUUCGCCUUCCUGGCAGGCAGCUACAUCACCGUCGCGAUGAACCUAUACCUCUCAUGCCGGCCUUUCCAUAAGCUGUGGCAGAUAUAUCCCGAUCCCGGAAACGUCUGCUAUCCUGCCGUCUCGAACCAGAUCAUCUGGGUCUACUGGUCAUUCAACGUGCUGACUGACAUGUACAUCAUCUCGGUUCCGCUGCCCAUGCUCUGGGGGACGAGCCUGAAGCCGUGGAGGAAAGUGGGACUUAUUUUCCUCUUCAGCGGCGGUGUCUUUGUCAUUGUUUGCGCUACCUUGCGGUCCGCUCUCAUUGUCUUGCUGGCCGGAUCUUGGGCCGUGAGAGAAACCUUUGUCGCCGUCGUCACCACCAACAUACCCAUGCUGGUCCCCAUGGCCAAAGUGAUCAUCGGGCCCUUUAUCGGGUCCAUCCUCUCCUCGAGGCGCUCUACACAGAAGCUCGAUGACGGGACACCCAAAAGCCUCGUCACCUUUGGCGGGAGCACCAAGAGCUGGCGCGGCCGUGGACCGCCGACGGCUAACCCAAUCACAAAUUUCACCAUCAGCGAGAGCGAGGAGCGCAUCGUGGAGGAUGUCAGGAUGCAGGACCUCAAAGUAUGGAGCGACGGACGAGACGAGGGCCACCACCAAUCAAGAGAUGACGAUGAAAGCAGGGAGAUUCACAAGCAGGUCGAUAUUGACAUUGUGACGACGAGCCAGCGCCCCUCCGAUGAGCAGAAGCAGAUGUCGCCUGAUGAGCAUGCGAGGAGGCUCAGGGGGGCGUUUCCGUUUCCAGGGAGUGGCAAUGGCGAGAACGGCGAUAGCAACGAACGGCAUCAGCAUGAUUAACGACAUCAGCCGGGCGUGAUAUUUAGAGUGCUUUCAAAAGUUCUUAAUAUUUGCUUUUUUUCCUCCUUUGUUCUUCCUUGUUUUAGACUGCAUAGUAGCGUAUCAAGUCUUGAGAGAUGAUUAGAGCAUGAAGUUACGAGUCAUAAACU